AUGCGAGCGGCCCAAUAUCCAGGUACUCUGGGCCGCACGCGAGGGUUAUCCGUAGAUAUGCACGAUAUGCGCAACUUUGUCCCCGCCGCUUCACCCUGGCUGGCCCGUGGCCCCCUGCUUCCCAUCGGCAAUACCAUGGCUGACAAGCAAACGAGAUUCCGGACGUCCCAAAGCUGUAGAGCUGCAAAUGGCGGCCGCCCUGGUGUGUCAAACCCCGGCUUCGUAAUCUGGCUUGGCCGCGGAAACAUCGACACCACGGUCGUGUUCGACGCCGUUCAGAGGCUUGCCCCGUGUGCGACCGGCGGAGGCGAUGGGUCGGCCAAGAGGGCGUUGCAAGCACCGGGUGGCCGCCGGGCUCGCCCACGGCGCGGAGGGGCUUCGGACUCGGAACAUUCCGUUUCAAGCCCGUCGCUGCCAGAGAACGAGAAGCACACACAACCCGUGCUUCCUUUGCCGGCCAUGAUGCAAAACGGCGCAUCGGCAGUGCCCGGGCCGUGCAGUGCUCGAGGCGCCGGCGGGAGCACGUGGGCUGUGCCGGUACGAGGCAACGGCGGAUGGGAUGGUGCUGAUUUGUCAGGAGCAGCAACCCUACUUGUCGCAGCGUGA